AUGAAAGGCUGGCAUGAAAAUAAAGACCCCAACCUGCAACCGUUUUAUUUUCGAAGAAACGAACUAACUGUGCACCAAGGGUAUAUUAUGUGGGGGAGCAGAGUUGUCAUUCCCACAAACUUACGAAGCGAAGUACUACAAGUAUUACACGAAAGUCAUGUUGGUGUGGUUAGAAUGAAAGCUCUGACCAGAAGUUACGUUUGGUGGCCAGGAAUUGAUUCGGAGAUUGAAGGGCUAGCAAAAGGAUGCAGUGGUUGCCAGCGGGUUCAACAUGCCCCCAAAUGCUCACCAUUACACCCAUGGGAGUGGCCAUCUACCCCCUGGCAACGUAUUCAUGUCGAUUUUGCAGGACCAUUCCUUGGAAUGAUGUUUUUAGUGAUUGUUGAUGCUCAUUCAAAAUGGCCAGAGGUAAUAAUCAUGUAAUCGAAUACAACCACCUCCAAAGCUGUCGAAGCCCUGCGAACAGUAUUUGCUCGAAAUGGGUGAUCAGAACAACUGGUUAGCGAUAAUGGCCCUCAAUUCACUGCAGAAGAAUUCCAGCUGUUUCUAAAGAAAAACGGAGUUAAACACGUAACUUCAGCACCAUAUCAUCCAGCCACCAACGGCUUAGCAGAAAGAUUCAUUCAAACCAUGAAACAAUCAUUGGAUCCACGCAGACCAAACUAUCCAAAUUCCUAAUGAAAUAUAGAAACACACCACACAGCACGACUGGUGAAACACCUGCAACUCUCUUCAUGGGACGAAAUUUACGCACACGGUUAGACUUGAUCAAGCCGGAUAUUCGAAAGCAUGUUAUAGAGAAACAAGUCAGGCAAGCCAAACCCAAAAGUGCUAUUGCUGGUAAUGUACGUCAACUAUUCAUUGGGCAGGCAGUUAGUGUCAGAAAUUACAGCGGGAAGGAAAAUUGGAUUCAAGGAAUUGUGCGUGGUCGAACCGGACCAGUGUCAUACCAGGUCGAGAUUGCACCAAAUGUUAUCGGGAGGAGACACAUCGAUCAAUUACUUGCCUCGGAGAACAGAAACGACACUCAAGAUCUCGAACCAGUUACGGAUAUUCCAGGUUUGGCCAAUGAAAAUAAUGCUGAAGACGAAACAGCCGUGGACAUACAAGACCAACAGGAGACUUUAGAACCAAAUCAAGAAUUGGAUGAAGUAGAACAACUUGAACAACGAUAUCAUGUCAGAAUUCGGCAUCAACCAAAUAGGUUAGGACUUGAUAAUUAAUAUAGUACUUGUUAUGUAUAUAGUGCGAACAUAUUAUGGACGCCACAAAAACAUUUAUAUUUUGUUGACAAUGUUUACGUGGGGAGAGAUGUGGUGUAUGACCCAUGAUGCUUUGGGGUCACCACCACGAGGUAUGACAGCUGUUUUGGACGCGAUAAAAAAAAAAGCACAAUGAAUAUCGAAGAACACUACAGCAUGCAUAAAACAAUUAAUUGAACUAAAAUAGCAGAUCCCCUCCCCGCCUGGCUAAAAAAUAUGUGAUCCCCUGUUUCCACCUCCCCACCCCUCCUGCUAAACUAUGACCAGUCCCUUAAUUUAAAUAAGUUUCCUAAAUAAGUUACGGAAUUUCACUACAACGUACUUAGUUUAUCAAAUAGUGUUUCGUAUCCCAGUUAGAUUAAACGGGUUGAGAUCAGCCCACGAGAUAGUUUACAAACGAAAAUGUUAAUAUAUACUGUUACUUAGACUUAGAAAACUAUUAGAUGAACUUACUAGACAUGACUUUUUGUGUUAAAUAUUUAUUCCAAUAGAGUCAGAAAUCAAGUUUAUUGACAUGCUUUCACAGUCCGGUCUUCCUGUAGUUGAAGUGACGAGUUUCAUCUCACCAAAAUGGAUGCCACAAGUUAGAUACCUUCAUGUUGCAUCGUUAGUUAUUAACACGAUUUGUUUGUUAUUAGCAAUAAUGAUGAUUAAAACUUUUCCAGAUGAAGGACAACAGGGAAGUCAUGCAAGGGAUCCAUAAGAAUCCAUUAGUGUCCUAUCCAGUUUUGACCUCUAACAUCCAAGGAUUCGAUACCGUUGUAAGUGUACAUACUUAAACAUUUAAAAAUUUGUCCAGUGAUAUAAGCUGCAGAAUAUUGGAUUGUGUACAAGAAAUCAAACUUUCCUCUUUGUUCUUAAUGCGUAUUGGUGGAAUCUGGAGCAGAAGUUGCAGCGAUUCUUGGAAGUGCUUCAGAAACCUUUAGUAGGUAUAACUCUCUGACAGCGUAACCUUAAAAGCAAUACCGACACAAGAUAAUGCAAACAUCAAUUUAUUGGUAUCUAUUUUAGGAAGAAUCUGAAUUGUUCAAUAAAAUAGAGUUUGAAACGCUUUGUGAAAGUUUGUGAAGCAGCAUUGGAGAAGAUGGUCAGAUUACGAGGAUACUAAUAUGAAUAUUUCCAUCAGAAGAAUUUUAAUUAAAAGAUUGAAUUUUAAUUAACCAACUAAUCAAUUCAGUACAAUUGUUUUCCAAAUUCCAUUCCGUGAAUUUUAUCCUAAUAUUAUAGGUACGUUUCAUGCGUUGUUGGGAGAAAUCAUACCGGAAGCUGUAACAAGGAUAAUGUGAUUUCUCAGUAUAGUUGGCCGUUGAUUAAACACCAAUUAUAAGUCACGAGUCAUAAGGUGGCUGCCAGAGGCUCCCUUGGUGAACUUUCGACUUGGACAGGUUAAGCUGCUGCGUCCUUCGCAAUUCAGCUUAGCUCUCUGCUUCAAGUAAUGAUGAUUAGCAUACCCCCACUUACUUACUUAAUUUUAAGCUAUGCUCUCCGAAAUUCAUAAGUGCAAGGAAAGAUGGCAUCGCCCUACUGAAACGUUAACCCUUAUAACAUUUCAAUUCAUUUUAUCUGCUGUGAGUGAAGCGAUGGAAGGAGUCCUGGGAACGAGAAUUGAUAACUAGCGCCCAGUCUCCUGGCGAACGCUCAGACCCAGGAUUCUGUGAUUGCCUCUUACAAAAGGAGCUGAUUAAUGAACAGGUGAAUAUUUUCAAAUUACAGAUUUUUCAUCUUUAACUAUUGGGACGCUGGCAUUUUUAAAAUAUGAUUUUUAUUUUAUUUAACUUUUGAGUGAACAGUAAGUCUUAUGCAUAAUUCUAGCAAAUGCUCAGUUACCUUUGUUCUAUUCUAUUUUUCUGUAAAUUAGAACAAAUCAGAACAAUAGUAAAUAGGCAUGUGAGUUAUCUAAAGUUGUGAAUUGGGAUAGCAACAUGCAAGUGAACAACGUUAGCCAAAUUUGUCAGUUAUCAGGAUCAUAGUUAAUAUUUAAAGCGGCAGUGUAAUAUUUAUAAAGUAUAGUGAUUUAAAUGGUUUUAUAUUCUCACUGCUCGCUUCCCCACACAAUAACUGAAAGAAUAUUAUUAAUAUUGGGGCUAAAUAAUUUUCAGUCAAAGGUAGAGUGUGGUGAAAAUAGCUCCGAAAGUGUCGUAGCCGAGGGGAGGUGGGUGCCACCAAAAUAAAUAUGUGAGCGCUGUUCUCCCUUUUCGGUGGCAAAUGCUCAAACUUACCAAUUUUGUGCUAGUUCUAUACUAUCUGACAAUCACGUGGUAUAUAUGGAUGACUAACUAAUCAUCUGAUGUAUAAAUAUUCAGAUUCCCCACACAAUACCUUUAAUAAUUUUUAUCCCCGUCGAACGUCGACUCCCCACUCCCCAGACAACCCCAUAAACAGUUAAUAAUAUUAGAAGAACUUUAUGAUAGUCUCCAAUACUCAGGAAAAAACCCUCAUUUGAAAAAUUAUGUAAAGGAAAAGGCUUCUCUAAAAUCAAUAUCUUGAGACACGCACAGUAAGUAUCCACGCUUCAUCAAAAGCAGUAUCUUAACUCACGCAUAAUAAAUAUCUUUGCUACAAAUGCAAUGUUGCCCAGUUGCCUCAAUGAAGCCAUAUUUUCACGUUGUUUUAUCCAAAGUGAGUUGCUUUUUUUAAUGUCAAAAUGAAAUCUUAGGUCAUGCACGAAAGGGAUGCUGUCCACUUCACUUCACCCAAAGCAAGAUUUUUUUGUUUUAUUGACCAAAUGAAUUGCUACCUCGCGAAAGGUAUACACCUUACACUUCUUUUCGCCCAAAGCGCGAGUUUGUUUUGUUAAAAUCCAGACCAAAUGGGAUCUUGCCUCACCAACAGGCAUAUCUUACACCUCGCUUCACCUAAAGCGAGUUUUGUCUAAAUUUAGUUGUAAUCACCAAAUAAAAUCUUGUCCCACCUGCAAAAGCAUAUUUUCAUUGUUUCUCUAAAGUGAGUUUUUUUGUUAAAUAAAAAUAAAACUUAUAAACUAAAAUAAAGUUUGCUUUUUUUAGCAAAUAGAACUUUGCUUCACCGAAAGUAUAUUUUACAAUUCGCUUCACCGAAAGCGAUUUUUUUUGUUUUGAUGGUCAAAUUAAUAAAUAUUGCCUCCCCAAAGUGCAUACUUUUCCUUUCGCUUCGCCCAAAGGAGUUUAAUUCCUAUAGCUGGUUCAACGACCAAAUGAAAUAUUGUACUGUCUGACAGCGAGUUUUUGGUGGAGGAUCAGCCGAUCACACAACGAGCGAAUAACUCAUUACGAGAACUCCGUCGUAUAUAGAUCGACAGUGUAUAAGGUACUAAGUUUGCCCUUCUCGAUAAAAGUGCAAAUAGGUAACAUAAAACAGAUGUAGCAAGGCCAAAGGAAAGGUUUUAUUCCUAGAGUACUGCGGUAUUUACUAUCACAACAGCGAAAUAUCCCACCACACUACAAACAACUGAUUAACGAAGACCACCUUGACAAACAGCGAAAGCAUAAGGUGGAUCCACGAUCGUGAGAGAUUUGAAAACCUUAUUAGUGAAGAUUUUAAAAAGAAGAUUUCCUGUGGAUUGUGGAGGUGUGCUUGAGGCUAAAUGCUUGCAAAAACAGUUUUACACCCAAAACAAAUAUUAAUACAUGCAUGCAUGAGAAUAAUAAACACGUACGUGUGUACCAUUGACCCAAAAGCUUAAACUAAUUAAUUUAAAAUUAUUAACGAACUCUGGAGUACACAUUUCCAGAAUGCAUCCGAACACAAGAACACGUCGCAGACAUGUGUAGUAUUUUUGUAAGGGAACAAAACAUAUGCCUUGGACAACGUCAGGUUUUGGCACAUUUCAACUCGCUAAAAUGUCGUAUCAUAAUACGGAUCUGUUUGAAUAUAAACCAGUGCCAGUGAAGCUCUACAAGUAAUAUCACAGUAAUGAAUUAAAAUAUCUCUACAUGUAGAGAAUGUGUGAAAAUUACUAAUACAGAUGCAGAAAAUUACAUGCAUGCCCUAAUCGUUCCAAAGCAAAUGGAAUUAUAGAGAAUUAUCUACCUGGGUAACUUGCAGUUGUCAUAAGGCGAUGUGUAAUUUUCUGGUAACAAAUGGUACGUGACGCCGAAGAUAGAGAUGUGGUGAUAGAGGUGACCAUAAACUCGCGGGGAUAGAGAUGACCAUAAAUUCUGUAGCGAUAACAAACUGGUUGGCUGAUCCCAUCAUCCCAAGUACAAGGUUGAUGCGAUUGCCAGUUGACGAGGACAAUUUGCAUCAUACUCAUGUAUGUAUGAUGAGCUAAUGCACAUGCAUGCAUGAUAAGUUAGUUGUUAGUGAGCUUUAUCUGGCUUCUGUGCAAGCAAGGCGUUUCGUUAAAUUCUCUUCGGCAGCUUCUUCUUUCGUGAAACCGGACUCGGCUGAGACACUGAUGACUUGGAUGACUAAAACAUUUCAGCGCCGCCUUCCCUUUUCGGUGACAAAUGCAAAAAAUUAUCUGAAAAUAGCGUUACUCAGUAAACGGUACAGAUAAGUGUUUUUCACGCCGCUGAGGAAAGUUAUCCGGUACAAGUGUAAACGUAGCCGUUUACAGUGUACCGGGUAGGUUUCUGAAAUUCGCAAUCAUAGUUUGAGAUCAGUACGAGGUGACUCGUGACACAACCGCGCGCGGGCGAUUAUUGGUGAACAUUAGACUUCGUUAAGGUAAUUCAGCAGUUUUGCAUUGCGCACUUUUACUGCGCAUAUCUUAUAACUUAUAAUUUCAUCCAUUAUACGUACCGUUUAAAAAACAUCAUUUUAUGACAAUUUUAUGUUACUUCAAAUCAUCUUUGGUUACAUUCGUGCAAAGAAUUACGUUAAAAUCAAUGUUUUCAGAAAAGGCAUACAAAGAUGUAGCUAGGGUGCUGUGUCUGUAGUAUAUUUAUUUACUUGUAUUUCACGUUUUAAUGCCACAAUUCCCUAAAAAGAUCGGUGAUCCCCGUUUUUUAACGGAUAAUUUAUUUCUUUAAUGCAUUUUACAUUUCAUAUCCGAAAUUAAAAGAAAAAUCAUUUCUGCAUCUUGAAAAAAAAUGCUUUAUCAAUGCAGGUUGGUAUAGCCAUAACAACCGUCAUGGCGGAAGGACGUGCUCUUAAUAGGCUCCAUCAAAAUGUUGUUAAUACAAAGAAAAAUAGUUGCCGUCUGAAUUCCUUUCUUACUAGUGCUAGUUGCACUGAACUGCCUAGCAUGUCUUAUGAUGGAGUACGUUUAAAGUGGACCGGUGAUUUAACAAAUUUAAAACGAAUUGUACGAGAAGUGUGGGGCCUCGAAGGCAAAUGGUCAUCACCUGGGGGCCAGUCGAAGAAGUUUUCUAGCACAAACUCUGACUUAGUAGUCACAUGGCAUAAAGGUAAAGCAAAAUCUGUGCUUUUUAAAGGUAGAGACGGUGUUUUGGUGCGAGAUCGAUGUAUAUUGCUUUGCGAACAAGCAAUUCAGUCCAUGCUAAAGCCAAAUUUGCCAGACUCCAAUGAAAUUAAACUCUCGCAGCAAAAUAUUACAAGUGCGUGUGAUUUUCCUAACCUAUCGGACAGAAAUAUGAAUGCCGUCAUCGAUUCCCCUUCCCCGGUUGAAAGUAUACAAGGCAGAACUAUCCAUCGUUCAGCUCCCGCUUUUGUCAACAAUCAUUGCCAGACUGAGCAUAUGGAGCUGAAUAAUAAUAAUUGUGGUUGUGGCUGCGGAAUUCUGGUUGCUGAGUUUGAAGGGAUAAAACUUGAUUUAGUUAUUUUACAAAAGAAAUUUGAGAUUGAAUUUGCGACCGAACGUACCAAUGUAAGCCAACUUAAGCGAGAACUUGCUCAUGAAAAAGAUAAAAACAGUCGUCUUGAGUCGGACUUGACUUUGUUUGUGAGAGAAAGAAAUUCCGAAGUCGAUGAAUUGAAUGAAACAAUAGCCUUACUUAACGACAGAAUCAAAACUAGUGAAGCGAUUAUUGAUCAACUGAGACCUUCUAAUGCAAGCAUAAAUUUGGAAGAAACAUGUACUUUUGAUUCUGCUCAAUCAAAAGACGAGCUUGUCAGAAAAUAUCCAGUUUGUGUCGACAUUAGUACGCAAACCAAGAAUGACGAUCAAAAAUUAUCUAAUAAUAAUGCUGGUCAGUUUUGCAUGAGUGAAAAUGCGUAUGUUAAUCUCCUUAACAAGGUGGCCGAAGUGCGCAACGAUACGGUUCUUUCCAUUAGUCAAACUCGCAUAAAUAAAAACGUUAAUGCAAAUUCCUCUAAGGAUUUGGUCGCAUGUCAUUCAUAUUAAAGAAAGGACAUUGUUUAAAGGGAUCAAGAUGUGAUUUUUCUCACAAUAUUAGCCAAAGUCGCAAAAAGCAAGCGUGAAUCACCCUAAAGAAGUCAUUGAAGUUAGCAACGAUGUGGUUUAUCCUACUACCCUUAACGACAGUAGUGUUAGUACUAAUUCUAGUGCUCCUAAUAAAAUGCAUGCUAUACCAGUAAGAAUCACCACUCGGAGACGCGGCAAGCGUAACCCGCAAAAAUUCAGAAGGAGAAAUAGUGAGCAUUUUUUAUGGGACUCGGGGAAUCCCAAUCGCCCUCCAGAAUCGAAACUCGAAAAUCAUAACUCCUGGAAGGCUUACCUACAAUCGGUCAACCAAACUUUGGACCAACUUGGAACCCUAGUAUAGGUGAAAACCUACGUACUAACGAUGACAUAUUCACUAAUUUAUCUUAUUAUCCACCGCCACGCAAUUCGACUGAAUAAUUUGAUAACUAUUCAUGUUUGUAAACCAGGACCACCAGAGUCGCUCUAUUCCUACGUGUAUUGCAAUUAAUGCGAGAUCCUUAGCUAAACCUGACGCUUGCUCGGCAUUGUACUUAGAAUUGAAUAGUCACAAUGUAGAUCUGAGUAUUGUGACAGAAACUUGGCUAAAAUAUACCAUUCCCAGUCAAGUGGUAUGCCCUGACGGUUUCACAGACAGACCAUAUGGUAGGCAGGGUAGUGGUGUAGCAGUCUUUUGUAGGCACGAUUGGAAACUCAAAAUUUUGGAAGAAUUUUUGAAUCCUUAUGAAUGUCUAUGGACUAAAAUAACAUCCAAUAACUCGAUAUUUUACUUAUCAGCAAUAUAUCAUCCUCCAUCUUCUAAGUACCAUCCUGAUGACCUCCUUGAUUUCCUAAUGGACUCAUGUGAGAGAUUAUUAUCAUUACACCCAACGCGAAACUAAUCAUAGCUGGUGACAUUAACCAAUUGGCGAUAAAGACAUUCGUUAGUACAUUACCAUUCGUUAGUACAGAUUGUGAAUCUUCCGACUCGUGGCCAAAAUAUCCUUGAUGUGUUUGUAGCCAAUGUUCCCAACUUCUGGAGUAAAGCUAAAACGAUAAAAAGCCUUGUACGAUCUGACCAUCUGGCUGUUUUACUUAAUUAAACCUGUGGUUAAGACAAAAGCCAUAAGAAAAACAGUAGAGUUUCGCGACUUAAGAGAGCACAAUAAGUUAAAAAUGUUGCGGAAAAUGGACGACUUUCAAUGGGAUACAAUCUCUAGUGGUACUUCUUGUCCAAACGAAUUGAUCAACAACUUUUAUAACAAAAUCUGGCCAAUAUACGAAGAAUGUUUCCCAAUUAUUAAAACACGAGUAUCUAGUAGAGACCCUCGUUUUCUUUCUCCAAUAGUUAAGCAUCUAUUAAAGCUGAGGAAAAGUGCCAUUAACAAGAGAGAUAACGAGAGCAGUCAUCGCCUACAAGAAAGGAUUAAUAAACUCAUUCGGAGCAAUCAACUCAAAGCAGUUAAACAAGAAAAUAAGAACCAAAAUUGUGGAUCUAAAAGAUGGUGGUCAUUAGUUAACAAAAUAACUGAUCGUGGUAAUAGUGAAGUACCAUUAAGCCACAUUAUUGAUCCAAAGGUAAUGAAUGAGCAUUUUCAAACUAUUAAUACAGAUCCUGACUAUGUUACCCCUCAACCUCUCCCUAUUCCCCGUGGCACAAGAGUACCUGAAUUAUCCGUCCAUAGUGUUUGUAAACUACUAUUAAAUCAGAAACGAACCACCUCGGGUCCAGAUGAGUUACCACAUUGGUUUUGGAACACCUAUGUGUAUGACACUGCGCCUGUGAUAAUCAUCAUUUUUAACAGCUCAAUCAAACUGGGCAUUGUUCCUGACAGUUGGAAAUUAGCAAAUCUUUUUGACUCUCCUCUGACAGAAUCAAACCAAUUACGACCCAUUUUGUUGACUAAUAUAAUUGUUCGGCUUUUUGAAAGAGCAAUCUAUACAACAGAAUUAGUCCAGGUGAUGGAAAAUGCCAUCCAUAAAGAUCAGUUUGCAUAUAAAAGAGGUUACAGCUCUACAAUGGCCCUAAUAAAAGCGCAACAUACCUGGAUGGAAUGGUUGGAUGGUAAUGCUAGUAUGGUACGCGUCUUCUCUUUUGAUUUCAGUAAAGCUUUUGACACUGUACCGCACGAGAUUUUAUGCAAUAAGCUGAAGAAACUUCCUAUUAGUCCCUAUAUUACCAAUUGGAUCAUCAAUUUCUUAACCAAUAGGUAUCAACGAGCCGUUGUUGAUGGCGUUAAAACAGAAUAUUUGCCUAUAAAUCGUGGAGUUCCUCAAGGAACAGUAUUAGGUCCAAUACUGUUUUCUAUAAUGAUUAAUGAUAUCCGUCCUGUUCAAGCCUCAAACUUAAUUGUUAAAUUUGCAGAUGUUAUAAAUCUAGGAAUUAAGGUCACAGAUGAUAGUGACGCCUCUUAUAUGGAAACAAACAAUAUUAUCAACUGGGCGGAAACAAAUCGCAUGAAACUUAACUACAAAAAGACGUGGGAGAUGGUCAUUCGCGGCAAGAUAACCCGGCCACUUCCUGCGCCUCUGCCUAUGAUUGUUCGUAAAAGUUGGUUGAAGAUACUUGGUGUAACGUUUCAAGAGAAUCCUUCCAUGUGGGACAUGCAUCUAGAUGAAUUAAUGAGUAAAGCCUGUAGCAGAAUGUACAUUAUUCGGAUUUGCAAAUACUACGGGUUUUCUAGGAAAGAGCUGGAUCUUCUAUUCCAUAGUCUUAUUGUAUCAAUAAUAGUUUUUGGUAUUGAAGUCUGGGGAUGUGCGUCGUAUUCUAAGUAUCUUAGUCAAGUAGAUAAACUUUUAAAACGUGCAUAUAAGUAUGGAUAUCUUGUGUAUCAGGUAUCGAUUGUUGAUAUAUUAAACAAUAAAGACAGAGAUUUAUGGCAGAAAAUAACUACGGAUCGCAACCAUGCCCUACAAGUUUUGCUGCCUCCUAGUCAUCAAUUAGAAUUAUGCAAUCACGGACAUGAGUAUGAACUACCGAGAGUACGAACAGAAAGGUUUAAAAGAGUGUUUGUUAAUAGAUGUCUUUUUAACUUCAUAUGA